CAGGAAGGAAAUUUGAGCUUGCCUUUUUGCAUCACGAUUGCUCGUCGCAAUCGAACGCUGCUAGAGAGGUCUGUGUGUUGCUGUUGGUGUCGGUAGGCUCCACAGUCUUUACACCAUGGUGCGAAUCAGCGUUUUGAACGAUGCGUUGAAGAACAUGUUCAACGCGGAGAAGCGGGGAAAGCGGCAGGUGCUGUUGCGGCCCUCAUCCAAGGUCGUCAUCAAGUUCUUGUCCGUGAUGCAGAAGCACGGGUACAUUGGGGAGUUCGAACUGGUUGAUGACCAUCGAGCUGGCAAGAUUGUGGUAGAGCUCAACGGUAGAUUGAACAAGUGUGGUGUAAUCAGUCCUCGUUACAACGUCGGAGUUGGUGAAUUGGAAGCAUGGACUGCUCGGCUCCUACCAUCUCGUCAGUUUGGCUACAUUGUAUUGACGACCUCAGCUGGUAUUAUGGAUCACGAUGAGGCUAGGCGUAAGAACGUAGGAGGAAAGGUCUUAGGAUUCUUCUAUUAAGAUGAUCCAGUGUCACAUAUCUGGACCAUCGCAGGUCACAAGGUUUGCCUGCAAUUUUUUGAGAAAGUAUUUCUCAAGGGCUCUGCAAUUGUAUCUUUUCAAACCAUUUUGUUGCAACUUGUCACAUUACUCAUGUGUAUAAAUCCGUUCCUUUUGAAAGUCA